AUGCAACUCGUCAACUACGCAGCUUGGAUCCCCUCCGGAAAAGCACCCUUGGUCGUCGCAACAGCCCCAUUCCCCGACCUAGCUCCCAACGAGCUGAUUCUCAAGAACCACGCCGUGGCAAUCAACCCUGUGGACUGGAAGAUCCAAGCCUCGGGCGGCUUCGGCCUCUCUUACCCAGCCAUCCUGGGAGAAGAUGUCGCGGGUGAGGUUCUCGAGGUGGGCAAGGACGCCGAGGCCUUCAAAAAGGGCGAUCGCGUCAUCGCCCACGCGCUGGGGUUGGGGAGUGGGCCCCCCUACGGCGGCUUUCAACUAUACCCCCGGGUGAAGGUGGCCACUGUGGCCCGGAUUCCUGAUGAUCUGGAGUUCAAGCGCGCAGCGGUGUUGCCAUUGAGCGUCAGCACCGCGGCGGCGGGGCUGUACCUCAAGGGGACUUUGGGGCUACGGUACCCACAGCUUGGAGGCGGCAGUAGUGCAAUUCCUCGCUCCACGCCGCCGCCCCCACAGCCGACGACGAAGAAGAAGAAGAUGAACGACGUGCUCCUCCUCUGGGGCGGAUCCUCGUCCGUCGGAUCCUCGGUGAUCCAGCUGGCCGUGGCGUCGGGCUACGACGUCGUCACGACGGCAUCACCGGCAAACUAUGCCUACUGCAAAACCCUGGGCGCUUCUCUUGUCCUGGAUUAUCAUAACCCCGACAUCAUACCGAUCUUGAUAGCGCUUCUGAAAGAGCACGGCAGUGCUGUGGUGGGUGCUUAUGACGCCAUUGGCGCGGACGCCACGGUCCGCCAGUGCGCCACUGUGCUGCAUGCGUUUGGAGGUGGGACUGUCGCCAGCGUUGUCUCUGCGCCGGAUGAUCUACCCAAGGGAGUCAAGGUCGUGAGGGUAGGGAGCACGAAUAUCGUGAGCCAGGAAGAUGGAACGGUGGCCAAGAAGAUCUGGGGCGACUACCUGCCUGCUGCGCUGAAAGAUGGGGCAUUCAAGGCCGCGCCGGAGGAGCUUGUGGUCGGGAAUGCGCUGUAUUUCGUGCAGGGUGGGCUGGACAGACAGAGGAGCGGCGUCAGUGCUAGGAAGGUUGUGGUGACGCUCUGA